GCUGAGGAUGCCAGAGACCAGUACAGAGUGUGUGUAACUGAUGCAGGAGCCAGGAGGGCAGAGCUGGCCAGCACCAAGACAGACAUCCUCACUCAGAUCAGAGAACUGGUGACUCAGUGUGACCUCACACUCAAAGCUGUGACCGUCAACUGGCUCCAGCUGCAGCAGGCCCAGACCGUGUCUCUCCCCGGCCACUACCAGGCCCUGUGUGAAAACGCUAAGAUGUACGAGCCUGGACAGAGAUACGCCGAGUUUGUCCGUAAUCUUCCCAAAGAUCAGUUACACAUGGAGUCCUUCUCCGUUGAUGAACGGUUUUCUGUGUUCAACAAGCGUUCAACGGGCAGCACCAGUUCCCAUAGUAACCUGUCCCAGGUGUCCCUCAUCUCCGGUGACGUCCUGAGUGGCGACGAGGUGGAUAGUCCUCUGGGGUCACGACCUGGGGAAAGGUCCAACAGCACCACGGACAUACAAGGUCUGAGAGGGGGACAGGGCCCGUUGAGAGCCUGGGCAUUAGGUAUCCAGGACAGGGGGAUGUGUAGUGACUCAGAGAGUGCUGGAGGCAGCAGUGAGUCCCAGUCCAUGGACUCCCCCACAGCGAGCCCAGGUGACUUUAAACGCAGACUACCCAGAACCCCCUCCACUGGCACUAUGUCCUCGGCAGACGACCUUGAUGAGAGACAGCCACCUUCACCCUCAGACAACGGUCUGGGUGAGAUGGUGACAGAGACAGCCAGUUCCCCAGGUCCGUUUCGUAACGCCCAGAUGUCCAAGGCAUCUCAGACACACAAGCUGAGGAAACUCAGAGCUCCGUCUAAAUGCAGGGAGUGUGACAGUCUGGUGGUGUUCCACGGAGCAGAAUGUGAAGAGUGCUCCCUGGCCUGUCAUAAGAAGUGUCUUGAGACCCUGGCCAUCCAGUGUGGUCAUAAGAGGCUGCAGGGAAGACUCCAGCUGUUUGGCAUCGACUUCACCCAGGCAGCGAAGAACAGCCCAGAUGGGAUCCCUUUCAUCAUCAGGAAGUGUACCUCUGAGAUAGAGAACAGAGCGCUCAACCUCAAGGGAAUCUACCGUGUGAACGGUGCAAAGUCUCGUGUGGAGAAGCUGUGUCAGGCGUUUGAGAACGGCAAAGACCUGGUUGAGCUCUCUGACCUCUCACCCCACGACAUCGCCAACGUGCUCAAACUCUACUUGAGACAGUUACCAGAGCCGUUGAUCCUGUACCGUUACUAUAAUGACUUCAUCGGAUUGGCCAAGGAGAGCCAGAGGGUGAUCAUCGAAGAGAAGGCUGUAGCCAGGGUCCUCCAGGACCAGGGGAGGCCAGGGGGUGAACAACCCCGACCAGGAGGCACCCAGCCUGGGGUAGAUGGAGAGCAGCCUCCCUCGACCAGCCAACCUGGAGGAGGAGAGCUGCCCAAACAGCCCAGUAUCAAACUCAACAGAGUCAUCUUUAAAAUUAGAGACCUGUUACGACAGCUUCCUCCUGCACACUACAGGACACUCCGCUUCCUCACGGCACACCUACAUAGGGUGACAGAGCAGGCAGAGGAGAACAAGAUGACAGCCAGUAAUCUGGGCAUUAUCUUUGGCCCUACGCUGGUCAAACCCCGACAGACUGACGCAGAGGUCUCCCUGUCUUCUCUGGUUGACUACCCCUACCAGGCUCUGAUGGUGGAGCUGCUGGUACGUCACUUCCAGGUGAUCUUUGACUUGUCCAGCCCCUCUUCCUACCCCCCCACCACCACCUCCAUGGUGGGCCAGACCUCCCCCCGACUCACCCCUCAGGAGAAGGAGCAGAGACUCAGCCCCUCCUCCUACCCCCACCACCACCUCCACGGUGGGCCAGACCUCCCCCGACUCAUCCCUCAGGAGAAGGAGCACUCCACCUCCCUGCUCGACAUGAAGGAGAGUGCCAAAGUCGACAAGAGGCACUCGUCAGUCAUCCAGCCCUCUCAAACCCUGGAUGAUGUGAGAGAGGUGAAGACAGACAGGACAGGACCAGACAGGAGAGAGUUAACAGCCGGCUCCUCCUCCUCUGCUGCUGGCUCCUCCCCCUCUGCUGCUGGCUCCUCCUCCUCUGCUGCUGGCUCUGCCUCGGUCCAGAGAUCUACCCUGGUGUUUGGCCGUCCCAGCCUCAACCUCUCCUCCUCUGCUACGGCCCCGAAGGUCCAGCUCCGGCCCCAGCGCGCUAGAAUCCUGUCUCGACCAAUCAGCAUGCCCCUGGAACGCUUGCCCCUCCCCACCCCCUCACAGGUGCUCGACAGAAACAGCCGUAACAACAACGCUGCCAUCACGUUGGAUCCCACCGCUAACGCCACCGUGGAGUCAGCCGAGCCGGAGAAGCCUCGGAUUGGUGGGGGGUCAAGGGUCAGUACCUAUUACAUCGACACCCAGCAGGCCGUGCAGCGGAGGCCCUGGGACAGGAAGUACAAACACUACGACGUCACGCCACGCACCGCCAUGAUCAUGGCUAACUUACCGCCGGCCGGUACCGGUACUGGCCCAAAACCGGGGAAACAGCCGACGAUGCCGACACAACUGUCCGUGUCUGGGCCAACCAGCUCUGCUCUCCCAUCCAGUAGUAGCUUCAGCACUAUAUUCCCCAACAACCCACACACAGUGUCGUUGAAGGCUGGCCAGGCGUCCACAAGAGACAGAGAGGAGACUAAGGACAGGCCUCACUCUGCUGCUGGAGGUGGUGGGGAGACCAGACCAUCUACCAACUCCCCCAUAAAGUUCAGGCAACCAAGGAUUCUGCAGCCUCCACCCGGAACCUUCUAUAAGCCUUCUGGUUAUUCAGGCGCCAGAGGCUGGCCAUCAUUAAGUACCUCUGGGACCACUAGCCUCACCAAAAUGUCCCCAACUUCUCCUACUGUUAAAGCCUCUUCCCAGACUUCCCCUACUGUUAAAACCUUCUCACCAACCUCCCCUACUGUUAAAACCUUCUCACCAACCUCCCCUACUGUUAAAACCUUCUCACCAACCUCCCCUACUGUUAAAACCUUCUCACCAACCUCCCCUACUGUUAAAACCUUCUCACCAACCUCCCCUACUGUUAAAACCUUCUCACCAACCUCCCCUACUGUUAAAACCUUCUCACCAACCUCCCCUACUGUUAAAACCUUCCCAACAUCCCCUACUGUCACUGCUCCUCUCCCUCUCUCUUCCUCCCAAUCCUCCAGCAUGACUUUCUCCUCUUCUCCUAUAGUUACCACCACCACCCCAUCCCCUACUGCCACCUACAUCCUUCAAACCUCACACCUCCCCACACACACCCUACAGGACUCUGUGGACAGCUCUGUUAGUGUUGACGCCGAGGUCACGACCUCCGCUGACCAUUCCCCUCCCCCCAGCAGCCCAGAGGACCCCAGCCCGCCCGAGGUCGUCCCGCUGCAACAAAGACUGAGAGCCCGGCCCAGACCUGGCGCUCGCCUGCAGCAGUUAGAACACAGAGAGGCCCAUUUUGUCUGAACCGUAAAAGUAGACUUCAGUAGUCUGAUAUCAUCACACACACAGACAGGGCCACUUCCUGCUUACAAAAACAAAACAAAAGAAAAACCAUUGGCCAAGACGACUGGUUUAUCUUUAAGGAUAGGGAGGGCAUCGGCCCCAAUGUGGAUGAUGAUGUCAUAUUGCUGUCUACCUUUGAAGCCAGAUAUCUUGUGUGCAGUGUGUGUGUGUGUACAGUGUGUGCGUGUGUACAGUGUGUGUGUGUACAGUGUGUGUUUGUGUGUACAGUGUGUGUUUGUGUGUACAGUGCGUGUUUGUGUACAGUGUUUGUGUACAGUGUGUACAGUGUGCGUGUUUGUACAGUGUACAUUGUAUACAGUGUACAGUGUGUGUAUACAGUGUACAGUGUGUGUGUACAGUUUACAGUGUGUACAGUGUACAGUGUACAGUGUGUGUGUACAGUGUGUGUGUGUACAGUGUGUGUGUGUACACUGUGUGUGUGUGUGUACACUGUGUGUGUGUGUACUGUGUGUGUACAGUGUGUGUGUACACUGUGUGUGUGUGUACUGUGUGUGUGUACACUGUGUGUGUGUGCAGUGUGUGUGUGUACUGUGUGUGUGUGUGCAGUGUGUGUGUACAGUGUAUGUGUACAGUGUGUGUGUGUGUGUGUGUACAGUGUGUGUGUGUGUACAGUGUGUGUGUGUGUACAGUGUAUGUGUACAGUGUGUGUGUGUGUGUACAGUGUGUGUGUGUGUGUGUACAGUGUGUGUGUGUGUGUGUGUACAGUGUGUGUGUGUGUGUACAGUGUGUGUGUGUGUACAGUGUGUGUGUAGAGUGUGUGUGUGUGUGUGUGUGUACAGUGUGUGUGUGUACAGUGUGUGUGUGUGUACAGUGUGUGUACAGUGUGUGUACAUAUGUUGUUACGGUGUAUCUCUGUACCAUAUUGUAUAUUGGGGGAAGCGUGCUAUUAUAUUGAUGCCAACACGGUGUGUGACGGGAACACACUGAAAGCCUUACAUUAGACGUGUUUAAUAUAUUCUAUGUUUACAGUCCUUACAGACAGAAGCAUGGUGUGUGACCGAUCGCAUCCCUAGACAUUUGGAACAAGCAUUUAGGCUGGUAUUCAAUCUAUUGCAGAUACAGGAUUUCUAGAUAACAAGAGGACAAAGUUUUAUAUCAAAGGUUCAUUUUCACGCGUAGCUGUCCAUUUCUGUGUGUAAGUGUCAGCUCCAUCCAUUUAUUUGCUGCUAUGCAAAUAAAAUGCACUUCUCAAACCGCUAUCCAGAAACCCACUAUCUGCAAUUAAUUGAAUCCUGUAUAAGUUACUGUGUGAUGUCCUGGUCAACACUGCCUGUUUUUGUUACAAAUAGGUUCUACCUGUCAUUACUGCCAUGUCAUCAAUAGAUUCUACCUGUCAUUACUGCCAUGCCAUCAAUAGAUUCUACCUGCCAUCAAUAGAUUCUACCUGUCAUUACUGCCAUGCCAUCAAUAGAUUCUACCUGCCAUCAAUAGAUUCUACCUGCCAUCAAUAGAUUCUACCUGUCAUCAAUAGAUUCUACCUGUCAUCAAUAGAUUCUACCUGUCAUCAAUAGAUUCUACCUGCCAUCAAUAGAUUCUACCUGCCAUCAAUAGAUUCUACCUGCCAUCAAUAGAUUCUACCUGUCAUCAAUAGAUUCUACCUGCCAUUAAUAGAUUCUACCUGUCAUCAAUAGAUUCUACCUGUCAUCAAUAGAUUCUACCUGCCAUUACUGCCAUGUCAUCAAUAGAUUCUACCUGCCAUCAAUAGAUUCUACCUGCCAUUACUGCCAUGCCAUCAAUAGAUUCUACCUGCCAUUACUGCCCUGCCAUCAAUAGAUUCUACCUGCCAUCAAUAGAUUCUACCUGCCAUCAAUAGAUUCUACCUGCCAUCAAUAGAUUCUACCUGUCAUCAACAGAUUCUACCUGCCAUCAAUAGAUUCUACCUGCCAUCAAUAGAUUCUACCUGUCAUCAAUAGAUUCUACCUGCCAUUACUGCCAUGUCAUCAAUAGAUUCUACCUGCCAUCAUUAGAUUCUACCUGUCAUCAAUAGAUUCUACCUGCCAUCAAUAGAUUCUACCUGCCAUCAAUAGAUUCUACCUGCCAUCAAUAGGUUCUACCUGUCAUCAAUAGGUUCUACCUGUCAUCAAUAGAUUCUACCUGCCAUCAAUAGAUUCUACCUGCCAUCAAUAGAUUCUACCUGUCAUCAAUAGAUUCUACCUGUCAUCAAUAGAUUCUACCUGCCAUCAAUAGAUUCUACCUGCCAUCAAUAGAUUCUACCUGCCAUUACUGCCAUGUCAUCAAUAGAUUCUACCUGCCAUCAUUAGAUUCUACCUGCCAUCAAUAGAUUCUACCUGCCAUCAAUAGAUUCUACCUGUCAUCAAUAAAUUCUACCUGCCAUCAAUAGAUUCUACCUGUCAUCAAUAGAUUCUACCUGACAUCAAUAGAUUCUACCUGUCAUCAAUAGAUUAUACCUGUCAUCAAUAGAUUCUACCUGUCAUCAAUAGAUUCUACCUGUCAUCAAUAGAUUCUACCUGCCAUCAAUAGAUUCUACCUGCCAUCAAUAGAUUCUACCUGCCAUCAAUAGAUUCUACCUGCCAUCAAUAGAUUCUACCUGUCAUCAAUAGAUUCUACCUGCCAUCAAUAGAUUCUACCUGCCAUCAAUAGAUUCUACCUGUCAUCAAUAGAUUCUACCUGCCAUCAAUAGAUUCUACCUGUCAUCAAUAGAUUCUACCUGCCAUUACUGCCAUGCCAUCAAUAGAUUCUACCUGCCAUCAAUAGAUUCUACCUGUCAUCAACAGAUUCUACCUGCCAUCAAUAGAUUCUACCUGCCAUCAAUAGAUUCUACCUGUCAUCAAUAGAUUCUACCUGCCAUUACUGCCAUGUCAUCAAUAGAUUCUACCUGCCAUCAUUAGAUUCUACCUGUCAUCAAUAGAUUCUACCUGCCAUCAAUAGAUUCUACCUGCCAUCAAUAGAUUCUACCUGCCAUCAAUAGGUUCUACCUGUCAUCAAUAGGUUCUACCUGUCAUCAAUAGAAUCUACCUGCCAUCAAUAGAUUCUACCUGCCAUCAAUAGAUUCUACCUGCCAUCAAUAGAUUCUAACUGUCAUCAAUAGAUUCUACCUGUCAUCAAUAGAUUCUACCUGCCAUCAAUAGGUUCUACCUGCCAUUACUGCCAUGUCAUCAAUAGAUUCUACCUGCCAUCAAUAGAUUCUACCUGCCAUCAAUAGAUUCUACCUGCCAUCAAUAGAUUCUACCUGUCAUCAAUAGAUUCUACCUGCCAUCAAUAGAUUCUAACUGUCAUCAAUAGAUUCUACCUGUCAUCAAUAGAUUCUACCUGCCAUCAAUAGGUUCUACCUGCCAUUACUGCCAUGUCAUCAAUAGAUUCUACCUGCCAUCAUUAGAUUCUACCUGCCAUCAAUAGAUUCUACCUGCCAUCAAUAGAUUCUACCUGUCAUCAAUAGAUUCUACCUGCCAUCAAUAGAUUCUACCUGUCAUCAAUAGAUUCUACCUGACAUCAAUAGAUUCUACCUGUCAUCAAUAGAUUCUACCUGCCAUCAAUAGAUUCUACCUGCCAUCAAUAGAUUCUACCUGCCAUCAAUAGAUUCUACCUGCCAUCAAUAAAUUCUACCUGUCAUCAAUAGGUUCUACCUGUCAUCAAUAGGUUCUACCUGCCAUUACUGCCAUGUCAUCAAUAGAUUCUACCUGCCAUUAAUAGAUUCUACCUGUCAUCAAUAGAUUCUACCUGCCAUCAAUAGAUUAUACCUGCCAUUACUGCCAUGUCAUCAAUAGAUUCUACCUGUCAUCAAUAGAUUAUACCUGUCAUCAAUAGAUUCUACCUGCCAUCAAUAGAUUCUACCUGUCAUCAAUAGAUUCUACCUGCCAUUACUGCCAUGUCAUCACAAAUUGGAACAUUUUGGGAGCUCCAAAAUUGAGGUGGAAUGAAGUUACCCUUCUCAAAUAUAUCAUAGCAUCAAGUCCUUGUCGUAAUGUUACAGAGAAGCAUUUUAUUUGUUUUGUUGGGAGUUAAAUACAUGUAUUAUAUGUUAGUUUUUACUUGUACAUUUACACAGUACAUGAAAUGUUCUAAUUUGUUCCUGUAUUGUAUGUAAUGUGAUUUGAUUCUAGCUACAUUAAUUAAGCACUUACUUAAUUCAGGUCCAACGUUUUUAUGUUUUCCAAACGUUUAAACAUGUAUGUCAUCGCAAUACAUUCCACAGAGAAGAGAUGGAAGCAUUUUAUAGAGUGAGACAAAAAAAAAGUUUCAACAUUUAAAAAAUAUAAUAAUAAUAAUUCACCCAUAUUCCUGUUCAGAUUAUAAUAAUCUAAAUCGUAUGUAUCUAUAUCUGUUUUUUUUAUAUGUGACAUAUAAACUGCAAGUUUUUGUUUCAGUAAAUUGUUUGUAACUACAAAAAAAGACAAAAUGCAAAAAAUGUCUUGCGUCAAAUUAAAAAGUAUAGUUGACAGUU